CGCCAAGCAAGAAGUGCUCACAUAGUGACGCCAUGCGCUCAACCAUCUUUGGAAAGUCUCGCGGCGCGGUGACGCUAGACAUCGAGCCGCACGCCACCCUGGCUUCCUACCACUCCUUCUGGCAGCGGGCCAACUCCUCGAGCGCGGCCGCGACCGCCUUGUUUGUAGCCCUCGCCGACCGUCUCGCGGCCUCGCCUGCAGCAGAGGGAGAAGGCGGCGCGUCAGCGCGGUCCCACGUCUCUCGCGCCACGCUGAUGGCAACGAUGGCCCAGCUCGUCCUGUACGGAGCACCGAUCGAUCCCAACCACAAGGACUUCGCUCGGGCCGCAAAGACGCUCGGCUCUCUUGGCGAGCCCGCCUCUGCGCUGCUGGGGUUGGUGGGCUGUAAAGAGGCGGCGAGUAGCGUGACAUCGCUCGUCGGUAUGGCCACCGACGACGAGAGCGACGACCACUCCUGCGCGCUGGCCACCCAGUUUCUGCUUCGACCCGGCACGGCGGACCUUCGUAUCGGGACGAUGGUCAAGACCAUCUGCGGGCUCCUCCGGCUGGGGCCCCUGCUGUCUCCGCAGCGUGCGCUGGCGGUGCUCGCUCUGGCGCGCAGCCUCGUCCGCUCUCAGCACCGCCUCUCCGGCGAGAGGCUCUCCGCACUGCGAUCGGCGGCCAAAGCCCUGCUGCUGUGGCCCGAGCCAGCCGGCUCAGCGGCUGCCGAGCUCCUCUCGGCCACCCACGCCGAGGCUGCGCUGCCCGCGGGUGGGGCGUGGCUCGCCGUCGACGCGGACGCGCGGUGGCUGCGGAGGGCGCUUUGCGCCCAGAGCGAGGCCGCCCUCCUCCUCGCGCUGGGGCACACCGUGUACUGCGCCUUCGACGAGCGGCCCGCCUCGGACUGGGCACGGGCGGCGCGCGAGCUGCUGCUGCCUCGGGAGGCGACCGAGGAGGAGCACAAGGCGGCGGUGUGCGAGGCACUCCGCUCGAUGCUCCUCGCGCUCGCGCGCGGCGGCGACUCGCGACGGCCCGCCCCCUCCGGCUCUGCCGCCGUUUCCUCCGGCUCCGCGCUCGAGAGCCGCGAGGACGUGCUGCGCCUCGCCGCGACGGCGGUGGACGCGGCCCUGCUCGCUUCCGGCGACGGCUCGCCGAGCGACCCUCUCUGGACGGCGGUCAAGGAGAGGCAGUGCGCAAAGCUGCAGGAGACGGUGCAGCAGCUCGCGGCGGCGGUGGUCGGCGGCAGCGGAGCCGCCACCUCGCCGGAGCCGCACCUUCCCCCUCUGGCGCUGCGGCCGCUGGUGAGCUCCGCCGGCGGGAGCGCAAGAUACACUCGCACGCGCGAGCUGCGCGAGGCGGCGGAGCGGUUGGCGGGGCGGCGGUACCUGUACAGCCCGCUGCUGCCCCCCCUGCACGAGCGGCUCGCUCAGCUCGCCGAGCUCGCUCCGCCCGGCCAGCCGGCGCCGCCUCUCCGCGUGGCGGCGGUGGGCGGGGACGGCGCGCUGCACGCCCUCCUCCAGGCGUACGUCGUGCUGCGCGGCGCCUACCCCGACCUGUGCGCGCUGGUCGAGUGGCGCUUCUACCUCGUCCCCGUCGAGGAGUCGAGCACGCUCGCGCAGUACUUGAGCGCGCGCGACGGCGGGUACCGCAAGCACUACUUUCGCCACGCGGGCCACACUCUCGAGCUCGCCGUCUUCGAGGCUCGCUGCUGGCUCGCGCCGCCCGCGAGGACAGGCUCGCCGCCCUUCGUGACGAUCGCCUUCGCGUGCAGCGUGGAGGUGCUCGGCGGCGCGUCGGCCUCGGCCGAGCCCUCGGAGCAGUCCGUGGCGAACGGCGUCGGCCUGACCCUCGCCCUCUCGCUGAGCGACCCUCGGGGCGAGGUGCACACGCCCGGCCUCCCGAUGGCCGGCCGCUUCUCCGCUCUCAGCUUUGAAAACUUCUCGACCGCGCCGCACGAGCCGGCGACCUCGCCCAGACUCCUCUUCCGCUGCAGCACCGGCGGCCGCGGCAGCCGCCACGCGGACGCACCUCCACGCUACGUGCGAGCGGCGACAAUCACGGCGGUCGCCUCGUGUGCGCUGCCGGGCGAGCCGGAGGACCUCACGCUGCCAGUCCGCACGUGCUGCCCCGUUGGCGAGCGAUGA